UAGCGCCAGGCCGGGGUUCUGUUGCCACUGGCAGCGCCAGGCCUGUAUUCUAAAUCCGAGUUUUGAGUCAUAGUCUGGGAGCGAAGCAGCUGCCCUCCCAGCAAGAGCAGUGAAGUGGGGGCUGGGUUGGGGGCUGGCUGACUGGGCAAACCGCGGCCCGUCGGUACAGUCACCGUCCACCUCGUUAAUAAAACAGCGAGUCCUCAGAAGCUCUCAGACUGAACUGCCGCAGUUUGGAAGGCGAACACAACAAGCGGAACAAGAAUGGCAUCCGCAGCUACAGGCAUUGGACGCUGGGCGCUGGCAGUGUUCUUAUUCACCCUCUCGUGUUGUUAUGGGUUUAAUUUGGACACCACCAACCCGUCUGUUUAUUCCGGACCCCCGGGCAGUUACUUCGGAUUUGCUGUGGAUUUUUUCACACCUGUCCCGACACAGAUAAAUAUUUUAGUUGGAGCUCCAAAAGCAAAUACUUCUCAGCCAAACAUAGUCGAAGGUGGGGCAGUAUACAAGUGUCCCUGGAACAAUGGGGCCGGCAACUGCGAACAAUUUGAAUUUGACAAGACAGGUAAUAGAUUUCUAAGCCCGGAUGAUCUGCUGGAAUUUAAAUCCUAUCAAUGGUUUGGAGCAUCUGUGAGAACUCAGGGCAACAAAAUUCUGGCUUGUGCUCCUCGUUAUCAUUGGAGGACCUUAAGUCGCCAAGAGCGUGAACCAGUGGGUACCUGCUUCCUUGCGGAUGGGGAUAAGAUAGUGGAGUAUGCACCAUGUCGAUCAGGUAAAACUGGAGCUGAUGGUCAAGGAUUUUGUCAAGGAGGUUUCAGCAUUGACCUUACAGGGGCUGGUAGAGUGGUUCUUGGGGGACCGGGAAGCUUUUAUUGGCAAGGUCAAUUAAUCUCUGAUGAAAUUCAGGAAAUUGUGACAAUGUACAAUUCAUCAGAGAUUAUCACAACAUAUUCCCGUCAAGUUUCAACUCGUGGAGCGAAUGCUGCAUUUGAUGACAGCUACCUUGGCUAUUCAGUUGCUGUUGGAAACUUUAGCAAAGAUUCAGUAGAAGAUUUUGUAACUGGCAUCCCAAGAGGAGCAAAGUCCUUAGGCUAUGUUACUAUUUUAAAUGGAGCGAAUAUGGAAUCCCUCCACAAUUUUACUGGGGAACAGAUGGCUGCAUACUUUGGUUAUUCUGUUGCGGUUACUGAUCUCAACAGUGAUGGACUUGAUGACCUUUUGAUUGGAGCACCUCUUUUUAUGGUUCGUGGUUCUGAUGGGAAGUAUAGAGAAGUGGGCCAGGUGUAUGUUUAUCUACAAAAGUCACCAUUUAGCUUUACAGAUGCCCUGAAGCUGACUGGCACAGAGACGUAUGCCAGGUUUGGGUCUUCAAUUGCACCUCUCGGAGAUGUUGAUCAAGAUGGCUAUAAUGAUGUUGCAAUAGGAGUUCCAUAUGCAGGGGAAAAUCAUAGAGGUCUGGUUUAUAUUUAUAAUGGGAAAUCUUCUGGUCUAAACCCUCAUUCUUCGCAGACUUUGAAAGGGCAGUGGGCUUCAGAUAACAUGCCUGCAAGCUUUGGUUAUACCAUGCAAGGAGCUUUUGAUAUUGACACAAAUGGAUAUUCAGAUUUAAUUGUAGGAGCUUUUGGUGCUGACAAAGCAGUUGUUUAUAGAGCCAGACCUGUAAUACAUGUGAAUGCUUCAUUAGAAGUCAACCCAUCAAUUUUGAAUCCGGAAAACAAAAGCUGUACACUGAGAGAAGGUGUCAUGGUCUCUUGUUUUACAGUUAAGUUCUGCUUAAGUGCAUUUGGAGCAAGAGCCACAGAUUUCCUGGAUUUUAAUGUGGAACUACAGCUGGAUAGACUAAAACAGAAGGGUGCAAUCAAGAGAGCUAUGUUUCUUCACAGUUCUCUCUCUUAUUAUGAAAAGAAAAUGAAAGUAGAAAAUAGUCGAAGAAAAGUUUGUGAAGAGUUGCAAGCCUUUCUGAGAGAUGAGAAUGAGUUCAGAGAUAAACUGACUCCAAUUGCUAUCUAUAUGGAGUAUAGCCUGGAUGUACAGACCCCAACAGAUGGGAAUGGACUUCAACCAAUCCUCAACCAAUUUACCCCAAAUAAUAUCACCAAGCAGGCACGUAUUUUACUGGAUUGUGGUGAUGAUAACAUCUGCAAACCUGAUCUUAAACUGUCUGUAAGAGGGGAUCGAAAGCAAUUGUACAUUGGUGAUGAUAAUCCCUUAACCCUACAUAUAAAUGCGCAAAAUGAAGGUGAAGGGGCCUAUGAAGCAGAGUUGUACAUCAUGUUACCACAACAAGCGGAUUAUGUUGGGGUUGUUCGCAAUAAUAAAAGUCUUACAAGAUUGUCUUGUGCUUACAAGACAGAAAAUCAAACACGGAUAGUAGUUUGUGACCUUGGAAACCCCAUGAAAGCAGGAACAAAUCUCUGGGCUGGUCUUCGAUUUAGUGUGCGUGAGCUGCAAGAUGCUGAGGCAGCUGUUACCUUUGACCUGCAGAUUCGAAGUUCCAAUGAACACAAUUCGACAAGUGAGAUGGUUUCUUAUACAGUUGACAUUACUGUCCUAGCUCAAGUUGAAAUACGAGGUGUUUCUUCUCCUGAUCAGCUGUUUCUACCCAUCGGAAAUUGGAAGUCUAAACCGCAGAGUGAAGAGGAAGUGGGUCCGCAAGUCACUCAUGUCUAUGAGUUACGGAACAAUGGACCAAGUGCAUUUAGCAAAGCCAUAUUAGAUCUCCAGUGGCCAUACAGGUAUAAGGAGAAUUACCUGUUGUACAUAAUGGAGUACACACCUGAAGGUCCUAUGAAUUGUACCUCCAAGACAAUUAUCAAUCCACUGAACUUAAAGAGUGCAAGUUCAAUUACAAACCAGACAACCUCUCCAACUGCAAGUGUGAAACAUGAACAUAAUAUAAAACGCAGAGACACAACUGAAUCAGAAGGGAUUGAGGUGCUGGGAUGUGACAAUGCAGAAUGUGUGAAGAUUAACUGUCAGAUUGGCAGACUGGAAAGAGACAAGAGUGUAGUUCUGCACAUCCGGUCACGACUGUGGGGUGAAACAUUCAUGAAAAAAGAGAACCAGUCAUACUCCUUGAUGGCUUCUGCAUCAUACAGUGUCAUUGAAUUGCCAUAUAAAAACUUCUCUACUGAACUUCCCACCGGAUCCAUUGUGGUUACUACUUUGGUGACUUGGGAUAAGGUGAUUACUCCUCAUCCAGUGCCAGUUUGGGUUAUCAUAUUGGCACUCCUAGCUGGUCUACUCCUUCUAGCUCUCUUGGUAUUUGUCAUGUAUAAAUUUGGGUUUUUCAAACGUGUCCGACCGCCGCGUAAAGAUUCUAUUGAACGGCAGCAACUCCAACCACAGGAAAUGAAUGGGGAUGGAGCUGCAGAAACAUAACUGCCACCCAGGUUUACAAAAACUGCCUGGAACUCGAAUUACUCUAAACCCUGGACUUGAAGUGAACAAUUUGACUAACAUGGUGUGAAAUGAACUGCCAAGAAUGCAGUUUGCACGAGCCUCUUUAUUUGUAUUGACAUGUUGGUAGGUACAAAUAUUGAGCAAGGGCAAUAUAAAUUUAGCUUUGCUGGUUCCUACUGAUGUGGUUCUUGUAUUUCAUUGCACUGAUUAGCACUUCAAAAUCUGUAUAUUAUUGCAGGUUUAAAAUGGUGAAAUUCAUUGCCAUUGUUGCUGUUAUAGCAACCUGUGUUUAAAUUUUAACUUUGAAGUGCAAUAUCACAAGUUAGUAGAUCCUUACUGAAAAGCAAAUCAUUGAAAGUCAUUUAAGAACAACUCCUCUUAAAUGCAUUAAUUGAUUUAACCUAUCAUUUUGUAGCAUUAAAUGACUGUUGUCAAUUUAUCUGGAUGAAAGCAAAGCGGUUUUACAAUGAGAAUGUAUUUUUAAAAAGUUUUGGAACGUGAUAUGAUAUGAUUGUCCAUAUUGGGCAAAAAGAGGUAAUAUGUUCUGUAGGUAUGUUGCAUUUAUUUUGGUCAACAUUGAAGUUAGUGAUCAGGUGUAUGAUGCACUAUAGUGAGGCAUUCUGAUCCUAUUACUGUGGACUCUUUUUACCAUGACUAUUUUCCCACCACCAACCAAUGCUCCAGUACUCCACCCUCCCCUGCCGACCCUGCAGUUGCACUGUAUAAAUUGGUAAGCGCAACUCAUUCUGUUACAGACUUCUGUGUUACUGCAUCAAGAACUUAAUUACAAAUUUGAGAUCCCGUGCCCCAAAAUAGGAGAGCAGAUCACCACGAUAUUUAGUGCAUUUGCCUUUAUAUCUUGUUUGUACAAAUUAGCCUAGUCCGAAUCGGCAAUUGAGUUAUGUUACAGUUCUUAAAAAAACAAGCUUACAUUUAUGAAGUAUAGAUACUCCAAUUGAUUACUAAAGAUGGUAUAUGUGGUAAAAGGAAGAUACACAAAUGAAUUAAUUUUUUAGGAUCAGGAUAUGUCCCUGUAGAUUUAUGAGGGAAAUAAGUGGUCUUUGCCCUGUUUUUAUCUUUUAAGGUUCACAUUUGUUCUUUAAUUGCUUACAUAUGCAUUUGGGUGAUUGUAUUUCAUGGCUUUUUAAAGGGAAUAAAUGGGAUGUGAAUUUCAA